AUGUCGAUGGCCGUUGAUCAGUUACGAGGCGCUAUGCGUGGGCUGGGAACCGAUGAGCACGCCCUCAUCGCGAUCUUGACCAGAUAUUCGCCGGCCCAGAUGAUUCAAAUCUCACAGGCCUAUAAGGGCACAUUCGGUGUCAGUCUCGCGGAGCAAAUCCGCAAGGAAACCAGCUUCAAGUUCGGCGCUACCUGCGAGGCUUUGGCAACGCCCUUGCCAGAAUACGAAGCUCUGUGUCUGGAAAAGGCGAUGCGCGGAAUGGGGACGAAUGAAAAGCUGCUGGUCGAGAUACUGGCGGGCCGGUCCAAUUACGAACUGCAGGUCAUCCGACAGGCCUACCAAGCAAUCUUCCAUAAGGAGCUCGAGCAGGCCGUGCAUUCCGAGCUCAGCGGCGACUUUCGGCGCUUCAUGAUUGCCCUAUUGCAGGGACGACGCGACGAAAGCGGCCAGAUCUCGGAUGUCAAUGCCGACAUUGAUACGCUGUAUCGAGCCGGAGAGGGCAAAUGGGGAACGGACGAAGGCGCAUUCAUUGGAAUACUUUGCACGCGCUCGUAUCCGGUGCUGGUCAGUAUCUUUGACGGCUAUCAACGCAAGCACAACCACACGUUCGAGAAAGCGAUCGAGAAGGAGUUCUCGGGCCACCUCAAGCACGGUAUUCUUGCGCUCGUCCACUCGGCUCGCAACCGUGCAGACUACAUUGCGACCGAGCUCGAGGACGCCAUGCACGGGCUCGGCACCAACGACGAAAAGCUGAUCCGGACGCUGGUCCGCCACCGCGAGCCGCGACUGAUGCAGGCCGUCAAGCACGCCUUCUCGCAACGCUAUGGCAAGUCGCUGUACGGGCGCGUCGAGGGCGAAACCAGCGGCGACUAUCGGCGAGUGGUUCUUGCGAUUGUCGGAGCCAACUGA